CGGAUAAGCCGAAGAUAACGCUUUUAUAAUGGAUUGUGAAAGUGGAAAGUACCUUAUGGAAAUCCCCACUGGCUUUUAUGUACUGCUUACAAUCGGGCUGUCUGAACUAGAGUAAAGACUUGGCCGUGUUUUGGACGCGUCUCGUGCGAGCAGUGAAAUCCAGUGGAUCUCUAUAAGAGCGCCAUGAACGAUUAAAGUGGACGGAGUGAAGUAGCAGUAGAGCCAGAGCAUCUUAUGGGCUUUGUUGGUGGAUACCGACAUAUUGAACAGAGAUAGAUUGGUUCCCCACUCCAGACUACCAUGUCUCAGGGCCAGAACUUCCUGCCGAAGUUCCUGUUUGUGAGUAACCUCCUGAAGGCCGUGAAAAUCAGAGAGCGGGUGCCCAACGAUGUGGUCAAGCCCUCGGCCAGCGGCGGCCUGAUCCAUCACCUGCGCAGCAUGCACCGCUACACGCUGGAGAUGAUCCGCAUGAGCCAGUUCCCGCAGGCCUUCCGCGAGGUCAUCCAGGCGGCCAUCUUGGACCGGGCCAUGCAGAGCUCGCUGGAGCAGGAGAAGAGGCUGAACUGGUGCCGCGAGGUCAAGAAGCUGGUGCCGCUGAGGACCAACGGUGAUGGGAACUGCCUGCUCCACGCAGCCUCUCAGUACCUGCUGGGGGUUCAGGACACAGACCUGGUGCUGCGAAAGGCUCUUUAUGCAGUGCUGAAGGAAACAGAUACAAGUAACUUUAGAAUGCGCUUUCAAACAGAGCUGCUGCACUCUCAGGAGUUCACUCAGACUGGCCUGCGAUACAGCACUUUGAACUGGGAGGAGGAAUGGGUGAAGAUUGUAGAAAUGGCUUCCCCAGUGUCCAGCAGUAAUGGCCUACAAUUUGACUCCUUAGAGGAUAUUCACAUCUUUGUGCUGUCAAAUAUUCUGCGGAGACCAAUUAUUGUUAUUGCAGACCAAGUACUUAGAAGUAUGAAGUCUGGUUCCUCCUUUUCACCCCUCAAUGUCGGGGGCAUAUACCUGCCUUUGCAUUGGCCUCCAGGAGAAUGCUACAAAUAUCCCAUAGUGCUCGGCUAUGACUCCCAGCACUUUGCACCUCUGAUCACAAUCAAAGACAGCGGCCCAGAGAUCCGUGCUGUGCCGUUGAUAAACCCUGGAAGGGGUGGGUUUGAAGAUCUUCGAGUGCACUUUCUGACAGAAAAGGAGCAGCAACAGAAGGAGAAGUUGCUAAAAGACUACCUAAUGCUUAUAGAAAUCCCUGUCAUUGGUCUGGGCUGCGAUCCCACACAGAUUAUCACUGCAGCCAGACUAGAUGAAGGCAACCUACCUGAGGACAUGAACCUGAUGGAGGACUACCUACAAUUGGUCAACCAUGAAUAUAAGCGCUGGCAGGAGGAUAAGGAGUCUUUAUGGGCCCCCCAAUCCCAGCGUCCCCCUCCCUUCUCAGUCUCCCAACUCUCUCUCAUCGAGAUCCGCUGUGCCACACCCCGCUGUACCUUCUACGUCUCGGUGGACACUCAACCCCACUGUCACGAGUGCUUUGAAAAGCGACAGGCGGGUUGCAAGCCGGAGAACAUUUCCACCACUCAUCAAACCUCAUCCUCGGACCCCGAGAGCCGAGUGAGGCUGGCGCGCUCCGUCCUGCCCAGCCCACGUUCUGCACCCCCUACGGCCCCCAGUCUGAGCCUUUACAGUGAGACUCAUGCCAUGAAGUGCAAGACGCCCGGAUGCUUGUUCACUCUCAGCGUGGAGCAUGACGGGCUGUGCGAACGCUGCUUUACGGCGAGGCAAAACCAAUCGGCUGCUAAUGGGCCGCCACAAGGCCCCUCUCACGGCUGGUGGGCGUCAGGCAGCCGGGAGCGAGACAAGGAAAGGGAGAGGGAGAGAGAACGGGAAAGGGACACAGAGAGGUGCGUUAUGUGCCAACAGGAGGUCUUUAGGAUAUUUAACGGUCUUUGCCCGCCCUGCAUGCAGAGGACUGCCGUUUCCGAGAUGGGGGACGCCCAGCAGCAGGAGCCUAGAACCGAGGCCUCAGUAUGGGCAAUGCAUAGGGAGACGGAGCGCACUGGCACCGCCGGCCACACCUGGCAGACGGCCGCUGCCCGGCAGUGUAAACGCUCCGGCUGCCAAUUCUUUGGAACAGCAGAGAAGCUGGGAUUCUGCACUAUAUGUUAUCUAGACUACCAGACCAAUCACCUGGCCACCCCCGCUCUUGUCCAGCCCAGACAUACAUCCGAGGCAGGCUUUCAGAACUGUCCGCGGUGCCGGGGUCAGGGCUGCGGCGCCGAGGGAAAGGCCAUGCUUGAGGGUUACUGCAACAAGUGCUUUGUGAAGGAACAGAGUGCUAGACUCAACCAAGCUGCUAGCAGGGGCUCUCAAUCCCCGCCUCUCGUCACGCGGGCCACGAAAGCACGUCCACCUCCGAUGCUCACCCAGACACAGUGUCGGCGUAGCGGCUGUAAGAACCUCUCCCCCGGCUGCACGGACCUCUGCCCGGACUGCGUCAGCCGCGGCCAGCGAGAGGGUCGCCGUGCCCAGGCACCUAAAGAGAAAAGCAAACAGCGCUGCAAGACGCAGGGCUGCGACCACUACGCCAACCAAGAGAAACAAGGCUACUGUAACGAAUGUGACCACUUCAAGCAGAUUUACCGGGGCUGACAGAACAGUUCGAUGUUAAAAAGUGCCCAGUUCAUCGCACGUUCGCGUGCAUGCUGGUGAACUCUCUUACACGAGGAACUUUUUGCCCAAAAUCCCCCACCUAGAUUGGGAAGGGCCUAAAGAGCCCGGUGGUGAUGUAGAAUUGGUGAUUACCUCUCAAAUGAAGUUUUGGUCAUUUGUAUCAUGUGUCUAGGACCGUCGUGAGAUGUUAGCAUACAGAAACUAAUGAUACACAAUGACGUCUAGUCACAUACAUCCGUGGCAUCCGUUGUUUAUAUCGAACAGGGUAAUUGCAAACAUUUGUUGAAAAAUUGAGGAGAGCAUGUGUAAGAAUUAACAAUUUCAGAUUAGCGACAAAAUCGAGUUAAUUUACCGAAAGAUAUGUCUAAUCCGAUGUACAUCGCCACUGUGGACUGCAGAAGUACAGGAAUAAGACGUACAGGGUAUGCAGAGACCACCGAAGGACAGCAUUUGAUAGUUUCUUCAUAAAAUGUAGGUUAAGUGCCAAUGAGAGCUUGCUAAGCAGAGCUCGAAUUUCCAUUCCUGCUGCACCAUUUGAUGUCUGCAAGCAGCACGGAUCUGUUGCCUUUGAGAAUGUUUUUGUUUACCAUUUUCACAAGUCCUUCUUGCUCUUGAAACUAUUUUUCACUUGUGCUUGCCUUGCUAAACUUCAUAUGACUUGGUCUGUUCUAUUGAAUGGAUAUGUUAAUUUUUCUGUGGCUGAAAAAUUCCUUAAGUGCAAUGAAAACCAGAUACUUGACACCUCCCCGAUGUCUAGAGCAGAUGAAAUUAAAAUAAGCUGAAGGGAAUGGCCGUGUCUAAAAGAGCGUCAAAAAUUUUGACAAGAAAAAAAAAAAACAAUGAGAUGGCUGAAAUCCCCGUCCGGAUAAACAGCCAAGCGAAAACGAAUCAAUCUGAAUGUAAACACGCCCAGGUAAGAAAUGCCCGCUCCUAGAUCUGUGAACUCCCCGUUCGCCGUUCUCGCCCAGCCACAUUCUUUCGGUUGCACUACUCUCCUUUAAACACACAAUGCCUCAGUCUAUUCUUUGCAUACAUUUAGUAUGCACAAACUGACAUUCUCUAUUUGAAUAUUUCUGCAAUAUCUGCACAGACGUAACGAGAAGAGAUAAAGUUAGCUCCUGUGGCAUCAUUUAUGAAGAAAUAACUGUCCGUGUUAAACAUUCCCAUCCUUAAAGUCCAAUAUUGUGCAAGCACAUUUAGCUUCGUCUACUUGAGAAUUAGAUUCAUGUGGGCCUAUACACAAAUGUGCUUCGGAUAAAUGAUACACACGAGAAAAAUCUGCAGUCGAAUCAGAACUUCAAGAGUGUCUACUCUUCAACUACUGGAUCUGAUCAGUCAGUUCAGAUCAUCACAAACUUGCACAAUACUAAAUAAGCUGCUCUGGAAUUAGGAACGGUACUUCUGACGUACAGUACGUAGUGACAUUCCAGUUAUAGACCUAGAGGAAUAUAGAUGACAAGAUAGAAAUUUUGUGCAACCUUUCAUAUAGAGUAUCGUAUGAAAAGCCUUGUUUUUUGGUUUGUUUUGGUAUUUAUUCACAACAAAUAUUAACUGUAAUGUGUUUCAAGAAUUAUUUAUAUGUGGUCCUGGAAUAAAUUAUUUUUAAUAGAAAAACA